AAUCACAUUACACCACAUUUACGCAAGAAAAUGGCCACUAAUAAUAAUAACACAAUCCCAGUGAUCGAUCUACUCGACUUCCCUAACGAACUACCCAAGUUGAUCGCAGCAUGUGAAGAAUGGGGUUGUUUCAGGCUGCUCAACUUCCAACAACUCCUUCCGGCAACACUCAUGUCAGAUAUGAAGACGGUGGUCAGAUCACUGUUUGACUUACCAGUAGAUAUCAAGCGACGGAAUGUUCACGCCAUAUUUGGCAGCGGGUACGUCGCUCCAUCCCACAGGAAUCCGUUGUACGAGACUCUUGGUUUGUAUGACAUGUCGUGUCGUGCUGACGUGGAGACUUUUUGCUCCCAGCUGGAUGCUUCGAUUCGUCAAAGGGAGAUAAUUGUAAGAUAUGUUGAAGCAGUACAUGAGUUACUUAUAGCGGUUGUAGAGAAAAUAGCCCAAGGUUUAUCAGUAAAAAGUGAAAAUAUUGGAUUUGAGAAAUGGCCAUGUCAAUUUAGAAUAAAUAAAUACCAUUUCACCCCUGAAAAUGUUGGUUCCCCUGGUGUUCAGACACACACAGAUUUCGGUUUCCUGACUAUCCUUCAAGAUGAUGAAGGCGUCGGGGGUCUAGAAGUCAUGGAUAAGUUGGGUGAAUUCAUUGCCGUUGAUCCGUGGCCUGGCACCCUUCUUGUUAACCUCGGAGACAUGGCAAAUAUAUGGAGUAAUGGAAGAUUUUGCACUGUGAAGCAUAGGGUGCAAUGCAAAGAAGCAACUGUACGUUUUUCAAUUGCUUCGUUCCUUUUAGGACCAAGAGAGACAUUGGAACCGCUACCAGAACUUGUGGACGAUGACCAUCCUCUUGUGUAUGUUCCAACUACUUAUGAAGAGUACAGGAAGUUGAGGUUCUCGACAAACUUGCAUGCGGGUGAAGCUCUGAAGCUCUUGUACACAUCUAACUCUGAGAAAUGAGGUUUAUUCACUCUCAAAAAUCCUUGCACAACAAGUUUCUCAGUUUGUUCAAGUGAUAAAUAAAAAAAUAAUAUUUGCUUGUAGAUUACAUAUAAUCGACUGUAUGUUUGUAGCACCAUUAGUGUUAUUGUGUUAAAACACUAACGGUGCUACAAACAUACAGCCUCUUGUACGUAAUAGCUACUGAUAAAGCAUGUAUGAUUAAGGAAACCAGUACCAGAUGUUGCAUUCACUUAAUUAAAUGUCUAAAUAAAAACCAGUUGGUACUGUUAUGCGUG